GUUGCGGCAGCAACGAGGAGGCUGUUCUGGCUGUGACAUUGGAGCCGGAGACGCCGUACCUGCUGGUGCCGUCCAUAGCUGCGCCAGGCAUCGAUGCCCCCUACGAGCUGCGCCUCAUGAGCGGAGUGCCGCUGGAGCUGGUGCCGCUGCCGGAGAUGCAGUGCAUGCAGCUGCCCGGCGAGUGGAGCGCGGAGACGGCGGGCGGCUGCAACGUCAACCCGCUGUGGCGCCGAAACCCCAAGUACCACAUCGUGCUGUCCAGCUACGGAAGAGUCAGGAUCACGCUGAGCCGCGCCCCCAGCCGCAAGCCGCGGCACCCCGUGGAGGACAUGCUGGGGCUCUACAUCCUGCGGGCGGCGGGGCCGGACGGGGAGAUAAAGGGCGACGCCAAACGGGCGGUUGUUGCGGAAUCCACAUUCGUACCGCAGCCCGAGACAACCGCCGAGUACGAACUGAACGGCGGUUGCCAUUACGUAAUCAUGCCAGCCACGUACGGCCCCGGUCGUACAGGCCGGUUUACGUUGGCGGUUGCCUCCUCAACCGCCUUCCAGUUCCGCGCCCUGGGUGGCGGCGGUGUGGGUGGGGUGUCCCAGGGGCCUGGUGGCGCGGUGCAUGGAG